AUCGUCCCGACCUGGGCAGAGCAGAGUCUCAACCGCCUUAGUUAGAGAAAAGGGCAAAGACGACGCGACGGCUCGCGACAGCGCGAGCUAGUUUCCUGGCAAUGCACAUUGCAAACCGACUCGCUCGGGCAUACCAGCAGGGCCUCGGAACACCCGCCCGCAUCGCGUCGUGCAUGUUCGGAUACAUCACCGACAUUCCUCGCACCUUGGUACUCCGAAACGAGCCCGCUAAACGGGCGAUCCUAAUUCGCGAAUCGUUAGCAGCAUGGCCGAUGCAGCUCGGGACGCGAGAUCCGCACACGGACGUCAUCUCGAGCGCGCUACCAGCAACGAGGGAAGGGGGUUGGUCCACGCAUCCGACGUCGACCAUAUUUGCGUUUAACAUUCAGAUGUCCCUGCUUCUCGUGGGCGCAGAUGCAGAUGCAGCUACAGAUGCAUCCAACCCGCGCUGAAGGUGACUGUGUGAUGCGCGCGCGAGAUUCCAGAUUCAAAGAUCCGCGACGAAGCACCAUCAUCACUCUGACCUGUGAUUAUCGCUGGCCACGAGGCUUCCGUGCGUGCGACAAACACUCGUAGCGAACGACGUGCACGGUCCGCAUCUCCUCCCGAGCGAAAGGCCACUGCGACGGCCCAGCGGUGCGCGCCAUGGGCACAUCACAAUCACUACAGCAGCACGUCUGAAUCAUGUCAUGGCGCGCUGGUAUGACCGCGUCUCAAAUUAGCACGCUGCAGC